AUGUCGACCAUCUCAUCAGUGACCAUCUCGUCGCUGGCGUACAAGAAGCUCGUUCUGCACACGGCCAAAUACCCUACCGCGCGGGUGCUCGGCUUGCUACUUGCCGACACCGCCUCUUCUUCCACCCUGAGCAUUACGGAUGCCAUCCCGCUCUCGCAUCACUGGACAUCGCUCGCGCCCAUGGCGGAAGUCGCGCUGUCCCUUGCCACCUCCUACGCCUCCACAAAGAACCUCACCGUCGUCGGGCUGUACGAGGCACCGGAGAUGGUGUCCGACCGCAGCACGUCGCAGCAGGCCAACAAGCUCGCCGAGAAGAUCGCGAGCCUUGCCGGUCGAGAAGCGGUGCUACUGCUCGUCGAUAAUGCGUCGAUUCUCAGUACCACCCAGCCAUUGAGCGCGUACACCGUGGUAGCAGGUGGAAAAGGGGAGGCGAAGCCAAAGGCGUUACCCGCAUCGGCGGUGUCGUUGCAAAACGCAGCGAGUAGCCUCGAGAGCGCAGUGCGGAAGGAUGCUGCUUGGGAGAAGAUUGUUGACUUUGAUGACCAUCUCGAAGAUCCAUCAUUGGACUGGCUCCAGAAUCCGGCGAUCACAGCAUAA